AUGGCGCACUUUGGCCUGCUGGUUGUGGUGGUUUUGUGUUUUGUGGGGAUUGUAUCUGGUGCGGGGUACGAGGGUAAGAGGCCCCAGUCUCAGGGAGCCUGUUACUAUGACGACAUCAAUAAGGCACAUUUCAGCUACGAGAGAGACAAUUGCGAGGGUCCAAAGAAUUGGUGCAGAAUCAACAGAUGUUGGACGACGUGUGGCUCAGACAGACGACAGUCUCCUAUCAACAUAGACACGUACAGAACAAUGCGGCGAUAUUUUAAAAACCUGGAGCUGAAAAAUCUCUACAGUAGAGUACCGGCUGAAACCUUUAAUAAUGGUCAUUCUCCACACUUUGAAGUCAAGGAAGACGAACUCAGUGAGGAUGAUAAUAUCAUUUUGACUAAUGUUCCUGGAAGACCAAAUUACAAAUCUUACGUGUUUGCCCAGCUGCACAUGCACGUCGGUCGUGAGGACGAUAAAGGGUCGGAACAUUCUAUCAACGACAGAUUCUACCCCAUGGAGGCCCACAUGGUAUUUUAUGACGACGAGUAUUCGGACCUCACCCAUGCAAUGUCGUCUCCAGACGGUUUGGUUGUCAUCGGGGUCAUGCUAGAGGUAAAUGGUAGAUCUGAUGACUCUAGUGAAUGUACACAGCAUGGCGAAUGUAAGGUUAGAUUUGCUAAAAGACUGAGUCACCUUAUGGAGAAAUACUAUAAAAAGAUCAAGGAACACAAACCAGAGAAUCCCGGGAAUUCCACCGACACAAGACCCAGAGAUCUUCAAUGUGGAAAAACUCCAAGUCAAGAAGCCAUCAGUCGACACUGCGUCAAGAAAGCGACACACCAUGACGACAUGGUGAGUGUUGAGUGUGGGAUAUCCCCUGCAGAUGUCCUUCCACGUGAUCAAAGAUUUUACACGUACGCAGGAUCUUUAACCACGCCCCCUUGUUAUGAAACUGUACAGUGGAUUGUCUUUAAGUGUCCAGUGAGAGUGUCUAAAAAGGCGUUAAAGCGAUUACAAGAAGUGGAAGAUUCCCAUAAAGACCCUUUAAAAAAGAUCGGCGUUCGACGACCAAUCCAGAAAAAUAGAUAUGUUGAAGUUUACAGAAAUUUUUGAAGGAGUUAACAGACGCCCACAGCAUUUAUACCUAGAGCGAACAGAAAGUUGAUACUUUAAUUUGGAAAAAUGCUUUAUGGUUUUAAACUACAACGAUUAUCAGAUGUACAUAUACAUAGACACCUUAGCACAUUAAUCUUUAGUUAUUAUUAAUAAAAUAUAUCACACAGUUUUA